UUGUUGUCUUUUGGAAAUUUAAUUUGUUUGGAUUUAGAUGAUUUAGGCGUAAAGCAAAUCUAUUAAAACCCCAAUUUUAUAUAAAAAACAACAUGGUAAAACUGAAGAAGCCAAAAUCGAAGGAAAAACGUCCAGUGAAAUUGAGCCGAAAAGAAAUUCGUAAACAAAAAUCCGCGGAAAAGAAGGAAAACAAACGUAUUUUCUUUUCGAGCAAAACGGAUGGCAAAAAACUGGUUGCCGAGGCUAAACAGCAGAAACAAUUAAAUAAUAAGGCCGCCGGUAAUAAGAAAAAGAAAACUAAGAAAUCCAAGCCCACGGUUAAUCCUGAGGAUAUACCACUGGAACAGCUAUUGUCGGGUCAUGUUGAUUCCGACAAUGAUGAGUCUCUAGACUCGGAUUUUUCGGAUGAAGAAGUAGAUGCAUUAUUACCCAAUUCUUUGAAAGUUAAACGAGAGGCAGAAGAUGAGCCUAACAAACCACCCAUUAAGAAGGCUAAGCCACAGACGUCUAAUCGACCCAAUAUUGAAGACCAACAUCGUCGCGAAUUGCAGCGGCAAAAGGAGUUAGAGUCUGCUUCGCGUAAGCAACGCAUAAAACAACUGAAAAUUGAAAAUGAGGAAGAAGAUAAAAUCAUUGCAAAGUUGGAGAAAAAACUUGGCCUCAAUAAAACCAAAAACAAAAAUCGUUUGGUUAGAAAAAUGUUCAAUGACGGAUUGGACUUUGCUUUGGAGUUGUGUCUUGAUGACGAUGAGGAGGAGGAAAAGAAACUGCUGAAGGAAAAACGAAAAGAGGAGUUAAAAAAACAAAACAAGGAACCAUCAUGGAGUGAUGAAGAACAAGAUGAGGAACGUUUUAAUGCCAUCUUUGGUAGUGGAGGUGAAUCAGGCGAUUCAGAUGAUGGCCAAGGCUCCAUUGAUGGAAGCGACGUGGAGGAUAAUGAUGAUCUUGAUGGGGAAGAUGAAGACGAAGGAGAUGAAGAAUUUGACGAGGAUGAUGUAGACGACAAUGGCAGUGAUGUGGAACAAGAAGACGGUGAUGAGGAAGACAAGGAAGAGCAGUAUAAGGAAGACAUCUACGGCCGCAAACGUGACAAAGAUGGUAAUAUUAUCACAGAACCCGCCAAUGAUGGCCCCCAGAAAUAUAUACCCCCACAUCAGAGAGCUCUUUUAGCGGCUAAGAACGAUGACAAACAAGCCCAAAUUCUAGAACGUCUGAGGAAGCAAUGCAAAGGUCUGCUAAAUCGUUUGUCAGAGGCAAAUCUGCACAAGAUUUCUUCGGGAAUUGAAGAGUUGUAUAUGAAAAAUUCCCGCUUUAAUAUGAACGAAACCCUUAACAAGUUACUGCAGGAAGCUCUCGUUAGCAAAGUUAUGAGCAAUGAGCGGAUGGUGCAAGAGCAUAUGGUCCUGCUUGCCUAUUUACAUGCUCAUAUUGGCAGUGAAAUAGGUGCACAUUUCUUGCAAAUGUUCAUCGAACAAUUCGAUGCCAUUCUAAAGGACAUUGAUAAUGUACAGCAAGAAGAUAAACGUCUCAACAAUGUCGUACUUCUAUUGAGUUACAUGUAUGUCUUUAAAAUAUUUGAACAUCGUUUGCUUUUGGAGAUAAUAGAUCGAUUGUCCGGUCAGCUGAAUGAAAAGACCAUAGAAUGUCUGUUGCUUAUAUUCCAGUCGGUUGGUUUCAAACUAAGAAAAGAUGAUCCCUUGGCUUUUAAGCAAAUGAUGUUAAGUGUUCAGUCGAAAAUUGCUGCUUCUCCACUGGAGCUAAAAGAGAAUCUGAGACUUAAAUUUAUGGUAGACAUUUUGAAUGCAGUCAAAAAUAAUAACAUCAAUAAAAUACCCAGGUUUGAUCCUGAGCUACAUGAAAAUCUAAGGAAGAAACUGAAGGCAAUGCUGAGAAACGAUAAAUAUGUCAUAACUCUAAAUAUUACCAUGGAGGAUCUGUUAAGAGCCGACACUGUGGGAAAAUGGUGGGUUGUUGGUUCAGCCUGGACGGGAAAUAUAAAUGAAAUGGCUGCAGCACAAAAGAAACAAGAAAAGGGAGGUGAUAGUAGCAAAUCUGAGAGAUUUUCCGAACAACUACUCAAAUUAGCCAAACAGCAGAAAAUGAAUACCGAAGAGCGACGAAAUAUAUUCUGCAUAAUCAUGAGUGCCGAUGACUUCAUUGAUGCCUUUGAAAAGAUUUUACAUUUGGCAGUAAAAGAUUUACGUUCCAUAGCCUAUGUGAUCAUACAUUGUUGUCUGAACGAGAAGGCGGCCAAUCCAUAUUAUGCUCAUUUAGCUCUCAAGUUCUGUCAUUACAAUCGUAAAUACCAAUUGGCAUUCCAGUUUGCCUCCUGGGAUCGCAUUAACGAAAUCGAUUCGUUAAAUAAAAUACAGGUUAGAAAUUUGGCACGUUUCUUGCAACACCUGAUCCUGAACAACGGUUUGCAGUUGGCGGUAUUGAAAAUUAUUGAUUUCCUGCAAAUUGACAAACAAAGCUUUGCCUUAAUGAAGGAGAUCUGUAAGGGCUUAUUGCUAGCCGCCGAAGAACAGGAUAUUUAUCAAGCAUUCGAGAGAUUGGCCAAAAAUAAUAAAUUACGACAAUUCAAGCAGAGCUUAAGACUUUUCCUGCAACAUUUUAUGCUAAAAGAACAGAGUGCAACACUGAAGCUGUCCGACGAACAGAUGGAAUUGCUUCAAAGACGUGUGGAAUAUGUAGAUAGAUUAUUGGCCUAUGUAGAAUUGUAAAUAUGUAGCUAUGUUUAUGUUUAGAAUAAAUGUUUUUAUAAAAACAAUGAAA